CUUGAGCGCAAAGGAGGAACCAAAGUGUAAAUCUUGCAGGGACAACAAAGAACAGUGCUUCUCUCCGCAUCGAGAAUGGCCGGGACAACGUUGCGAUCGAUGCGAACAUUAUGGCGAUCCUUGCGGUAUUGGACUCACCACUACUGAAGACAAGCAGGUCCGCCAAUAUCAGAGGAGACGCGAAAACAUUGCUGUUCAAGAAGAGGGAGCUUCGAAGAGACCAGGUAUGCAAGAUGCGCUUGCAGCAGGCGAUCUCAUCGACUACGCAGACGAUGCUAUAGCCGCCAUGGGAUCUUCGGGUUCGACAACGCCCUACGCGACUCAGGAAACGCCGAUCGCGGCACCUUCGACGAUGGACGAUAGUUUCCAAGUUCAAUACUCACGGACCAAUGGUAUCAUCGAGAGUUCAAGCCUAGAGGGAGCUAUCGCUCAGCUGGCGGGACCAAGCACUUGGUCUCAGAAGCGUGAGUGCGGAUACGACGCGGCAAUGCGUGCUGUACAAGCGGAUCCUUUGGAGGUGACAGACUUGUACUUCCCGUUGGGUUCGUGGGAUGAUGCGACGUAUGUACGCUCCGAUCGCUCGAGCUCGGAAGACACAGUGGCUUUUGCAGGAGCUCCAUCAUCGAUGACGAGCCAGCUUGGGUCGAUUCCAGUCGAUUCGCGACGAAACAGCAAUUUGACAGUACCUGGACAGAACAGCGCAUGGAGCCCAUUGGAUACUGGCGCAUGUUUUGGUCCGAUGCAAUGGACUGAACACAUGUCCUCCAUUGAGCAUGAGUCCUUUGCGAAUCCCAGUCACGUUUACGGCUUGCCAAUGGUCUCUCUCAAGAUGACGCCGUCAGACCCGUAUGUAAUGACGAAUGAGAUGGAACACCUACUGUACCAGCGCAUGGGUAGCCUCUAUGGAGACCCAGGCACGUACAGCAAAGUAUGCAGUCAGAAUUUCGGUAGUACACUAACAGAGUGGUAUAGAGAGGACGUAAGGCAGCUGGCCCACUGCAUAAGCGACUGCCAUGUCGGCGCCCAAGCUUACGGCAAAUAUGCCUGACUGACUCAAGUAUCUAGGGCUAUCUCAUAGUCAAGCUUGCACUGUUCGCGUGCAUGGCCGGGGAUUCUUUGAUCAAAUAACUAAAGCUGGAGAAGAAACGUAGACAGUUGGGUGGGGAUCUGACCCUUCAAGAGUCGCAAUGUCCUGACAAGUACCUCGAGGCUUUCGAAAAAUACUAUU